GCAUUUGCCUAGUGUGCCCGUUUUUUCGGAAAAGCAUCAAGUAUGGGAGGGGAGGAUAGACCUCGCAAAAAGAUCAGAGUUGAUCAGUCCAAGGACAAGAAGGCCACCCCUGCAGGGAAUGGGACUGACGCGGCAAAUCCGUAUCUGGCCCACCGCAACAAGCUUCCCACACUCGUACCGCACAAGACGACAUCCGAACAGGCUGAAGCGUACGAGGAUGCCGAAAACAACUUGUUUACUGGCCGACCAUUCACGCCGAAAUACCGUGAGAUCUUGAAAAAGCGACGCAACCUACCUGUGCACAAGCAGCGCGAUGAAUUUCUAGAGCUCGUCCACAACAACCAGGUCAUUAUCUUGGUUGGAGAAACAGGUUCUGGCAAGACCACGCAAAUUCCCCAAUUCCUUGUUUACGACGAGCAGCCCCAAAUGAAGGGCAAACUAAUCGCAUGCACGCAACCUCGACGUGUUGCUGCAAUGUCAGUUGCCAAGCGUGUGGCAGAGGAAUUGGAUGUGUCUCUUGGUGAAGAAGUUGGUUAUAGCAUUCGUUUCGAGGACUGCACCUCUCCAAGAACGGUGUUGAAAUACAUGACUGACGGUAUGCUACUGCGAGAGGCUAUGCAUGACCCACUGCUGGAGCGAUAUUCGGCCGUCGUUUUGGAUGAAGCGCACGAAAGAACGCUUUCGACAGACAUUUUGAUGGGAUUGAUAAAAGAGAUUUGCAAGCGACGAACCGAUUUGAAAGUGGUCGUCAUGAGUGCUACUCUAGAUGCUGGAAAAUUCCAAAAGUAUUUCAACGAUGCCCCUCUCCUGGUCGUGCCUGGACGGACCUUCCCAGUCGAGAUUUACUACACGCCCGAGCCUGAGCGGGAUUACCUUGAGGCGGCAGUUCGGACCGUUAUUCAAAUUCACACAUGCGAAGAACCCGGCGACAUCCUGGUCUUUUUGACCGGAGAGGAAGAGAUUGAGGAUGCCUGCCGUAAAAUUCGCGCUGAGAUCGAUAGUAUAAUCCAAGCGUCGCCGCAGACCGUAGGGGAUGUAAAGGUCGUGGCCCUAUAUUCCUCCCUACCCCCAGCCCAACAACAGCGUAUCUUUGACGAUCCCCCACCACCUCGGUUCCCAGGGGGACCCGCUGGUCGAAAGAUUGUAGUCUCAACGAACAUUGCGGAGACGUCGUUGACCAUUGACGGUAUUGUCUAUGUUAUCGACCCAGGUUUCUCAAAGCAGAAGGUGUACAAUCCUCGUAUCCGGGUUGAAAGUUUGCUGGUUAGUCCCAUCAGCAGAGCCAGUGCACAACAACGCUCUGGACGUGCUGGGCGUACGCGACCUGGAAAGUGCUUCCGACUGUAUACGGAAAAGGCUUUCCUGAAGGAUUUGCAGGAGCAGACCUACCCGGAAAUCUUGAGAUGUAAUUUGGGCACAGUAGUGUUACAACUGAAGAAGCUUGGCAUUGAUGAUUUGGUACAUUUCGACUUUAUGGACCCUCCAGCACCCGAGACUUUGAUGAGGGCUCUGGAGCUCCUGAAUUACCUCGAAGCACUGGAUGAUGACGGAAAUCUUACCACCGUUGGAGAGCAGAUGGCUGAUUUUCCCCUCGAUCCUCAAUUUUGCAAAGCGCUCCUUUCUUCACCAAAAUACAAGUGUUCCAACGAAAUACUUUCGAUCAUUGCAAUGUUGUCUGCACCAAACUGUUUCAUCCGACCAAAUGAUCAACGACGGCAAGCGGAUGAAGCCAAGAGUCAGUUUACCCACCAGGACGGGGAUCACCUCACCCUCUUAAACGUAUUCCAUGCCUACAAAUCAAAGGAGGGAGAUCAGAGCUGGUGUUACCAAAACUAUCUGAAUCAGCGAAGUUUGAAGAAUGCAGACAAUGUGCGAACUCAGCUCGUACGGAUUAUGGAAAGACGAGGCUUGGAGCUUGUUUCAACACCUUUUGAAAGCAAAAAAUAUUAUGAAAAUAUUCGGAUGGCUUUAACGGCUGGGUUCUUCAUGCAAGUUGCACAUUUAGAGAGGACCGGACAUUAUUUAACGAGUAAAGAUAACCAGGUCGUCCAACUUCACCCCUCCUGCGGGUUGGAUAACAAACCCGAGUGGGUGAUUUACAACGAAUUUGUCCUGACCACCAAAAACUACAUUCGAACCUGCACCUCUGUGAGAGGCGAGUGGUUACUGGAGGUUGCGCCGGCAUACUACGAUUUGGAAAACUUCCCGAAGUGCGAGGCUCGCAGAGUGCUGGAAAGGAUUGCUACUAAGAAUUCUCAGCAAAAGAAGAGACGGUAAUGAGUUGUCUGAGUAGUCAAGGAGGCAUAGAGCUAGCGGGUUAUGGCGUGAGGGUGCCUUGGGGGCAUUGAUGUAUCCAUCCAUUUUGUGUUUUGCAAUCAAAAAGAAAUAUAAACUUGUCGAAUCGAAUGUCAAG